GGCCAUACACAGCUAACUACUGUACCGAGCUAUUUCGUACUCUCGGGUUUUGUUAGAAAGCAACAAAUGGGUCAUAUUUGUUCGCUUAAUUAAUGAUUUCCUGAAAGCUAGAUACAUUCAAUCUGUCUACUUUUGUUGGGAAGAAAGAACAAUAUUCUGUCAUUUAGUGGGCAGGUUUGCCUGCCUAUUUGCUAGCUCGAAUAAUCUAGCAAGCCUAUUUUAGCUAAUGUGCAUUUGGAAUUGUCGUCGUUGCCACUGUGCUAACCACGACUUGUUAUUUGAUAGCAAAAAAUUCUGAGUGUGUAAAUUAAUCAUGGCAACUAGACGCCUGACUGACGCCUUCUUAUUAAUGCGGAACAAUGCAAUCCAAAAUCGACAGAUAUUGGCUGAGCAAGUGAGUACAUACGACCCCCGUCGUACUCUGAGUACACGUAGCAAUGCUGCGGAGCUUGAUGAGCUGGCUGAUGACCGAAUGGCCCUUGUAUCAGGGAUUAGUCUGGACCCAGAGGCUGCCAUUGGAGUCACAAAAAGACUGCCCCCCAAAUGGGUAGAUGGGGUGGAUGAGAUUCAAUAUGAAAUCACACGUAUUCGACAGAAAAUGAAGGAGCUAGCGGCUCUUCAUGACAAGCACAUGAACCGUCCCACACUGGAUGACAGCAGUGAAGAGGAGCAUGCUAUAGAGAUCACUACUCAGGAGGUCACACAGAUGUUCCACCGAUGCCAGCGUGCUGUAACAAGUUUGCAGACUCGCUGUGGCCAUUGCACAGAGCAGGAGGAGAGACUACUGAGGAAUGUGGUGUCCUCAUUGGCACAGAGCCUGCAGGAUUUGUCCACCAACUUCAGACACACACAGUCCAGCUACUUGAAACGUAUGAAGAAUCGCGAGGAAAGAUCAAAGCACUUUUUUGAGUCUGGUCCUCUAAUGGAGGAGGAUGAAGAUAUAGCACUAUAUGAUAGGGGAUUCACUGAUGAUCAGCUAGUGCUGGUGGAGCAGAACACCGUUUUGGUGGAGGAGCGAGAGAGGGAGAUCCGACAGAUCGUCCAGUCCAUCUCAGACCUGAAUGAGAUCUUUAGAGACCUGGCCGGAAUGGUUGUGGAACAGGGCACAGUACUUGACAGAAUUGACUUUAACGUGGAGCAAGCCUGUGUCAAAACAGAAGAUGGGUUAAAACAGUUACAAAAGGCUGAACAAUAUCAGAAGAAAAACAGAAAAAUGCUGGUCAUUUUAAUCCUGUUUGUUAUAGUUGUUGUUCUAAUACUUAUUCUAUUUGCGACAAAAUUUGGUUAAUUAUGCAUUCCAUUGCAUUUGGUAUGUCUGUGUGGGUGUUUUGUGUGCAUUUGUGUGUGUGUGCUUGUAUGAGGGUCUUUGCUCUCGUUAUCUGUACUUCAAAAUGACACUACCUGCUUGUUCUACCUACUGGUCAACAGCUGAAGAACCCUUCCUCCAGCUUAAGGGCACUUGUUAUAUUAUGUGCAUGAUUCAAGGAAAUGGUUAAGGAUGGAUGCCUAUACAACAGACCUGCUGUCAAACCCUCUUUUUGCUUCAAUGUUCUGAAGUCAGAAAUGAAAGAGCGCAUUCCAUAUCUAUCCUUGUGAAGAACGACUAAUGAAAGGUUAUGACAUAAACUGACAUUUUAUUUUGGGACAAAUUGGGUGGUUACCUUGAAAUCAAGAAUUCUCACCAGUUUUAAUGUAAGGUAUUGGCACGCCAUCAAAAUGUUUGUUGAGUUCUUGCUCCAACAACAUACAGUUCAAAUGAAUAGAAAGGGUUCAUCAGCAGCAUAUGAGUUUGUUUCUGUUGGCCCUGCACCAUACAGAUACCUCUUCAUUCCUUUGCUUCUAAGAGGUAAAAUGGUUCUUGUAUACUCUCACUUAAGUGACUGACUUAAAAUGGUUUAUUUGUUUAACAUAUCUUUCGAUUUAAGAGCUGUGUCAUCAUGUCCCCCUGACAUAUUUAUGAUGUCAUGUGUCAGUCUGUCAUGACAUUGCACAUUUCAGAUCACAUGAUUACUGUUCAUAACCCUCUGGUGUGGAAAAUGCCUGGUACAUUAUAUCAGGUGUCUUAAAUCCUUCUUGCAGUUUGCACGUAUAAAAAAACUGGUGGAUUUUUAUUGAUGGCUGUAAAACUACUGUCUCCUGUAUGAUAUGAAUAAAUCACUAUUUAUUUUUA